GUCUCGACUGAGGAGCUUAGAGAAAAUGGAUAAAAUUUCUACUGUAUUUAAAAAGACACAGAAUGUUUUAAGAGAGAAACUGAGAAAUAAACGUGUGGGACAUCGACGGGAUCAUAUCACUGAUACUCAGCAGGUAGAGGAGAAGACGGGUCCUACUUCAGAUUGUUUAGCACAAAAUGGACCUGGUGUCCAUUCACAGAGCCCAUGUGGACAUAUCGUCACAUCCUCAAGUCUCUUUAAUAUGGUGAAUCAGUGCCUAAAGAAAAAAAACCUAGACUUCAGUUGUCCAGUGUGUGAGGAAGAGUGGAGCUGGUCUCAGAUCAGAGGUCAGCUCCAGCUCUCUUACGCUCAGACUGUGAUUCUGGACACACAGGUCAACCGCAUCAUACAGGACCUGCCUGACGUUUACAAGAAGUGUCCAGUUUGUUUGAGUAUCCUGCGUCGCCCUAUGGACAGUGCUGGACGCCCCUGCCCUUACUCCAGCUGUGUGCACUGUCCUCAUACUCAUCACUUCUGCUGGUCCUGUCUCGCCCCGUGGUUUUUCCCUAAUGCUGCCAGCUCCGGUCAGUGCAGCAACCAGUACUGUCAUGUAGUGGCCACCUUGCUGGCAUGUGAGACUGUGACGGAUGCUGGCAGUUCAGUUCUGGGCUGCCCUGUGUUUCGGGCGUGUCCUCAGUGCUACACACUCAUCACACCACAGCCGGACUGUAAAUUCGUUGUGUGCCCUGAAUGCUUUCAUCGCUUCUGCUACAUCUGCCUGGACAGUGAAACAGAAUGUGUAAAGAGAGAAGAUCCCUACCAGAGUCCAGCCUGUAAGAAACCCAGAGCAGAACGGCAGAAAUUCAUCACAUAAAUGCAGUUAUUAGAAGGACAUUACACUUUAAAUGUUUGGAAGCACUUGUCAUAUUAAUAACUGUUGUUACAGUCUUAUGCAAAAGGUCUCAACACCCCAGUCAAAUGACAUGUUUUAUUAAUUUUCUAAAUGAAAACAAUUUAUUGCAUUCACUACAUGGAAGAAACUUCUUGAAAUUAUAGUGGGUAAUUUCUGUAUUUGAAGAAAAUAAGGCAUAAAAUAUAAAAUGUAUCUUGACUUUUACUCAGGCCACAUUUUAUGUUUGUUUUCAGGUAUGAUAAAUUGAAUUCAUAACAUAAAUAGUAAUUAUUUCAAUUUAUUUGCAGUCAAAACCAUGUAAUUUGCCCAAAUUUUACAUACUACGGUAUUUUAAUCUCUAAUAAGUAAACUGUAAAGUUGCAACCUAGAAACCAGAAAGUAUUUAAGCUGUUUUACUGAAUAUGUUAAGCUUUGGGGAAACAGCAAAAAGUUAUUAACUGAUGCAUAAUGUACUGUAAUUAUCCAUUUAUUGUAAUUUUUGACAGCUUCUUAUAAAAUAGUUGAAACCUAUGAAUGUCCAGAGCACUAGCAUCGUAUUCGAAUCAUUUUAUACAUGUGUCUGCCACAAAAUUGGUUGAAUGUUACCAGUGGUAAAAAAUAUUCUUGGACGAUGGUGGGUUAACUUUACAGUGGAAAAGAGGGUGGGAGAAAACCUUAGAUUUUGAAUCAUACCACCUUUGUUACCUCUGCUGUGGUCAAGAAGCAUCAGCUGCUAUUUGUCAUCAGAUGGUCCUUAGAUUUUUCUGAAUUUUAACAUACUUUACUGUGGGCAGUCUUAAGUUUGCUUAAAAGCCAUCCAACAGAAGCUGAAAGUUUAAUUUUCUCCUGGACUGUACUUUUAGCUCAAUCUGACAGAAAAAAGGGCAAACCUAGCAAUCCCGACAACAAGUGUGAGUGCUACAUCAAACAGUCAAAAGCAUAAGCUUGAGCCCAUAAUUCUAAAUAAUACAAUCUGUAGGUAUUUUCAUAGUGUGUAAAAUAUUAAUAAUAUUUUCAUAAUAGGCAUCUUAAAUGAUAUCAUAUUGAUGCAAAUAGGUUAAAGCGGGUGGUCGUAUCACAUAGGUGAUGGUUUUUGUCUUUUUAUUUAUUUAUUUAUUUAUUGACUGGGGGAAUGGCACCCUUUCAAAUUAAACCCUGAAUAUGAUAUAUGAUUGAAAACUGUGAUUUCCAACUUUUGAAAGGUAGUAAACAGCAGGUUAUGAUUUUCUUACUGGUACUUCUCUUUUUUGGUCAGUGUGUGUUGGUGUUUUACCAAUGAAGGAUGUUUACACAAUAUUUACGAAUAAAGCUUUUAACCUUUCAGA